GUUCAAGCCCACCUUAGCCAUGUUCGACAGCUCCAGUUCCCAAUGACCACCGUCUCUGAUCCAUAUUGCCACUUCUCACACCGAAGUGGAGGGGUAUCAUGUCAAGAAACCAACAAGAGCUGCCGUUUUGUGUCUACUUUUCCCGUCAUCUCUUCUCUCCGGCGGCCGCCAUCUGCUGUUUCUUAAACAGCCCUGUAGCAACUCGUGGGAUGGCGACGAUGGUGGCACUCUACUGAUACACGCGAGUGAGAUAACAAGAAGCACAAUGUUCUAAGAUCUAGGAUAUACUGCAACGUUCAAUGUGCUUUGCCUUGAGUUGGCCAAGUCUACUGGAGCAAUCACCACUUCUCAUCCCAACGCCGGAUCGUCAUCCACAGUUGAUACCACAAUCGAGAUGUCUGCGCUGUUAUGGGAGCUGUCCAUACCAGAUACUUCCUCUGAGGGAAUAGCAAUUUCCCUUUCACCGACUUGCUGCUACUUCUGCUCGGACAGCUCGUCAUGUCACGACGAUACGCAAGGAACCAGGAUCGUAACUGUAAAGUCUCGCACGCGUGUUACCUCGCCCUUUGUUUGGUUGAACCAACUUGGUGUCAAAGUCGGAAGGUACGCUUAUUGGAAAAUUUAAACCUUCACCAGUUGGUCCCUGGAAAUAUGGAAUUGUAUUCUAGGUUGGGGGUAGUCUACAUCAUCAACA